UCCUACUCCCACAAAGCUUUUAUAAGUGUUGAUUAAAUUACCUCACAACUUCUACUCCGAACCAACUUCCAACUUCACACUGUCUUUCAUUAUAUAGAGAAGACGCCACCCCCAUUAAAUCUCCCCACAUUGCAAUUUACAACUCUCUUUCUCUCUCCUCAUUCAUCAUAUUCCUGCUCAAAAAUUGCGCCAAAUUCUUAGAUCGGUAAAAUACAAUCUUCCCGACAAUUUCAAGGAGGUGCAUCAUGUCUUCAUACACACCAAAGAACAUUCUGAUUACUGGUGCAGCUGGGUUCAUUGCAUCUCAUGUUGCGAACCGACUCAUUAGGACUUACCCUGAUUACAAGAUUGUGGUGCUGGACAAGCUCGAUUAUUGCUCGGAACUUAAAAAUUUACUCCCUUCUCAAUCAUCUGCUAAUUUUAAAUUUGUCAAGGGAGACAUUGCUAGUGCUGAUCUUGUGAACUACCUUCUAAUUACUGAGUCCAUUGAUACGAUUAUGCACUUUGCUGCACAAACCCAUGUUGACAAUUCUUUUGGUAAUAGCUUUGAGUUCACCAAGAAUAAUAUUUAUGGGACUCACGUCCUGCUAGAAGCCUGUAAGGUCACUGGGCAGAUAAAGAGAUUCAUACAUGUCAGUACAGAUGAGGUUUAUGGUGAGACAGAAGAGGAUGCUGUUGUGGGUAAUCACGAGGCUUCUCAGCUUCUUCCAACAAACCCUUACUCUGCUACAAAAGCUGGUGCUGAGAUGCUUGUCAUGGCUUAUGGAAGAUCAUAUGGUUUGCCUGUUAUUACAACCCGAGGAAACAAUGUGUAUGGACCUAACCAGUUUCCUGAGAAAUUGAUCCCAAAAUUCAUUCUUUUGGCCAUGAGGGGGAAGUCUCUUCCAAUACAUGGUGAUGGAUCUAAUGUCAGAAGCUAUCUGUACUGUGAGGAUGUUGCAGAGGCCUUCGAGGUCAUUCUCCACAAAGGAGAAGUUGGACAUGUGUACAACAUUGGGACGAAGAGGGAAAGGAGAGUCAUUGAUGUAGCCAGGGACGUCUGCAAACUGUUUUCAUUGGAUCCUGAAGCAAGCAUCAAGUUUGUUGAGAACCGGCCAUUCAAUGAUCAGAGGUACUUCCUUGAUGAUGAGAAACUGAAGAUCUUAGGGUGGUCAGAGCGCACCACUUGGGAAGAGGGGUUGAAGAAGACAAUGGAGUGGUAUACCAGUAAUCCUGGAUGGUGGGGUGAUGUCUCAGGAGCAUUGCUUCCUCACCCAAGAAUGCUGAUGAUGCCUGGUGGCGUUGAGAAGCCUGCUGAAGAAGUUGAAGACAAGAAUGCUGCUUCAUCAGAACUCCCUGACAACCAGUCUCAUAUGGCUGUACCUGCUACCUCAAACAGCAGCAGUUCUCCUUGCAAGCCGUCUCUCAAGUUCUUGAUCUAUGGUAGAACUGGCUGGAUUGGUGGUCUACUUGGCAAAUUGUGUACUGAGAAAGGUAUUGCUUUUGAGUAUGGAAAGGGGCGUUUGGAAAACCGAACAUCUCUUAUUGCUGAUAUCCAGGACGUCAAGCCUACUCAUGUCUUCAAUGCUGCUGGUGUAACUGGUAGACCUAAUGUUGACUGGUGUGAAUCUCAUAAAACAGAGACCAUUCGUGCCAAUGUUACUGGUACUUUGACCUUAGCUGAUGUCUGCAGAGAGCAUGGGCUUCUUAUGAUGAAUUUUGCCACUGGUUGCAUCUUUGAGUAUGAUGCUACACAUCCUUUGAGGUCUGGAGUUGGCUUCAAGGAGGAGGACACACCGAACUUCACUGGUUCUUUCUACUCAAAGACUAAAGCCAUGGUUGAGGAGCUGCUGAAAGAGUAUGAUAACGUUUGCACUCUCAGGGUCCGAAUGCCCAUAUCUUCAGACCUCAACAACCCAAGAAACUUCAUUACGAAAAUCUCUCGCUACAGCAAGGUGGUCGACAUUCCCAACAGCAUGACAGUGUUAGACGAGCUCCUACCAAUUUCCAUCGAGAUGGCAAAGCGGAAUCUCAGGGGUAUCUGGAACUUCACAAACCCAGGGGUAGUUAGCCACAAUGAGAUUCUCGAAAUGUACAGGAAUUACAUGGACCCGAAUUUCAGCUGGGCGAAUUUCACGCUUGAAGAACAAGCCAAGGUGAUUGUCGCCCCAAGAAGUAACAAUGAGAUGGAUGCGUCAAAGUUGAAAAAAGAAUUCCCAGAAUUGUUGCACAUCAAAGACUCGCUAAUCAAGUAUGUUUUUGAGCCAAACAAGAAGACCAACUAUUCUACUUGAGCUAUGCAUAGUAACCAGGAAGGCAUUUUUUACUACUAUUCCAAUAGUUGAUUCCAUAUUGUUUUUAAUACAUAGAUAUCCAGUAAAAUUUUUAAUUAGGUGCUCAGUUUUCCAUCUUUUUUUCCUUAAUUUUUUUUGUCUCUAAAUAUUUUAAAACUUCAUCUGUUUAAACGUGAUUACACAUUUACACUUCGUCUUCUUGUUCUAUAGUUUUUAAAUAGAGAUAGUUUACUGUUUAUUUAUUACUUUCUCCCACUCGUGUAACUUUUAUAAAUUUAUUGUGGAAUUGUUUCUAAAGAAUAUGUUCAUCUGUUCAUUGUUCCCAUCAGAAUCUGUUUUAUAUGCAUUAAUCAUUAUCUCUCUUUGA